AUGGGGCUGGGGUGGAGGGGUGCAGGAGGGACCCUCCGAAAAAGGACAGAGGAGAGCUGGUACCUUUUGGUGACAUUGAUGCUGUUGUGUGGUUUCCGGAAGGCUCACACGCAGACAGACGAUGGGAAGUCUGUCUACUUCUGGGAAACAGGUCCGUGGGGAAGAUGCAUGGGCAGCGACUGUGGACCGGGUGGCAGCCAAAGCCGGGCAGUCUGGUGUGCCCAUGUGGACGGCUGGACGACGCUUCACACCAACUGUGACCAGGUCCAGCGUCCCUCCAACCAGAGGAACUGUUUCCGUGUGUGUGACUGGCACAAGGACCUUUAUGACUGGAAACUGGGUGCCUGGAAUGAGUGCGUGCCAGUAUCUGCAAGGACCUUUGGGGCUCCGCGGCUGUUCACAUGCAGUGGAGGCGAAGAGGGCAUUCAGACGCGGGAGGUAGGCUGCAUACUCAAGUCAGACGGGUCUCCAGCAGAGGAUGCCAUCUGUGAGUACUUUGAGCCCAAGCCUCGCCUGGAGCAGGCCUGUUUGAUCCCUUGCCCUCAGGAUUGUGUGGUUUCCGAGUAUUCGCCAUGGACAUCCUGCUCCAAAACGUGUGGAACAGGCCUCAGGAACAGAGUACGCAGUGUCUUGGUUCCGCCGCUUUUUGGAGGUUCUAUCUGUCCCAACCUAACUGAGUUCCAGUCUUGUAAACCCGGGCCUUGCACAGGUCCGGAGGGCAUGUACAGUCUCAGGGUUGGACCGUGGAGCCCCUGCGCCCUCCCGCAGACUCGGACAACACGCCAAGUCAAACGCAGGAAGGGUAAAGGUCAGGGGCUCAGGGAGCGAGCAGGAGUCAAAGAUCCCGAGACCAGGGAGCUUAUCCAGAAGAAACGGACCCGGAACCGCCUUAACCGGCAAGAGAGUCCCUUCUGGGACAUCCAGGUGGGCUACCAGACCAGGGAGGUGGUCUGCAUGCACAGGAAUGGGAGCGCUGUGGGACGCAACCUGUGCACAAUGAGGGACCUGCCGCUCACCGUCCAGUCCUGUGUCCUUCCCAAAGCCUGCCAGAUCACCGACUGGGCCGACUGGAGCCCCUGCUCCAAAACCUGCUUGGACCCCGAGUCGCCCAGAGGAAAUCGCACUCGAAGCAGACAGGUGCUGCAGUUCCCUGUGGGCGAGGGGGCGGACUGCCCGCCGCUGGAGGAGUCGGAGUCGUGUGAACCUCAGGGUGACGGCGUGCCGCCCUGCGCCACCUACACCUGGAGAACCACCGAGUGGAGCGACUGCCGGGUUGACUUGUUGCUGAGCCAACAGGACCGUCGGCGUUACAACCUGACGGGGCUCUGCGGAGGAGGUCUGCAGACCCGGGAGGUUUACUGCGUCCAGGCCAAUGCUGAGCUUCUAAAAUACCUCAGUGACCUUCGAGAAAAAGAAAAAGCGUCCCGUCCCGUGGAAAACAAGCUGUGUGAGGGUCCGAUCCCCAACAGGUCCCAGCUGUGCCAAAUCCCCUGCCCCAUCGACUGCGAGGUGUCACCGUGGGGCGCCUGGGGGCCGUGCACCUUUGAGAACUGUGACGAUCAAGCUGCAAAGAAAGGCUUCAAACUGAGGAAACGACAGAUUACAAACGAGCCGACAGGAGGCCCUGGGAACUGUCCACACCUGGUGGAGGCGGUGCCGUGUGACGAGCCCAGUUGCUACGAAUGGCAACUGGUCAGCCUGGAUCAGUGUGUUCCCGACGAUGAGAAGCAGUGUGGACCCGGCACUCAGCUCCCACAGGUCCAGUGUGUCAACAGCAAUGGAGAAGAAGUGGACAGAAACCUGUGCUCAUCCUCCCCGGCUCCGGAGCCCGUCCCCUGCCAGGUGCCUUGCUCGAGGGACUGCGUGCUCAGCGACUGGACGUCCUGGUCCACCUGCUCUCAGACGUGCUCCAGCAAGACCAUCGAGGGCAAGCAGAUGAGGACGCGCUCCGUUCUGGCCUACAACGCCGGGGAAGGUGGCGCCCUGUGCCCCAACAGCAGCGCCCUUCAGGAGGUGCGGAACUGUAACGAGCAUGCCUGUACGGUUUACCACUGGCAGACGGGGCCCUGGGGCCCUUGCACCGAGGACCCCUCCGCUUCGCCCCUCAACGCCUCUCUGGGCGGCCGUGCCGGCGGCGACGGGCAGGGCCCCUGCUCCAUGGGGAUGCAGACUCGCAAGGUCAUCUGUGUCCGAGUCAACGUGGGACAAGUGCCGCCCAAAAAGUGUCCAGACGGGCCUCGUCCCAGCACGGUGCGACCGUGCCAGCUGCUCUGCAAGAGAGACUGCAUCGUGACCCCAUUCAGCGACUGGACGACGUGUCCGGGGACCUGUGACGCAGCUGGUAACGCCGUGAAGAAAAAGCAAUCGAGGAAACGUCUCAUCAUCCAGAUGCCGUCCAACGGAGGGCAGGACUGUCCAGAGGUGCUUGAGGAGGAGAAGGACUGCGAGGUCCCCAAAAUCUGUCCAGGGUUCAGGUGGAAAACCCACAAAUGGAGGAAGUGCCAGCUGGUCCCGUGGUUUCUCAGACAAAACACUCCCGGUGCACAAGAGACCUGUGGACCAGGACUUCAAACAAGAGCUGUGUCCUGUCGCCAGCUGGACGGGACGCAGGCCGACAUCAGCGAGUGUCUGAAAUUCGCCAAGGCCAUGCCCGCCAUCACUCAGCGCUGUCAGCUCCCCUGCCAGGAUGACUGCCAGCUGACCAACUGGUCCAAGUUCUCGUCCUGCACAGCUGACUGUGUGGGGGUCCGCACCAGAAAGAGGGCAUUGAUAGGGAGAAGCAAGAAGAAAGACAAGUGCAAGAACACACAGAUGUACCCUCUGAGCGAGACGCAGUACUGCCCUUGUGACAAGUACAAUGCCCAGCCAGUGGGGAACUGGUCAGACUGCAUCCUGCCUGACGGAGGCAAAGCAGAGAGCAUCCUGGGAAUGAAGGUUCAAGGAGACAUCAAGGAGUGUGGCCAGGGCUAUCGCUACCAGGCCAUGGUGUGCUACGACCAGGACAACAGGCUGGUGGAGACGUCGCGCUGCAACAGUCACGGUUACAUUGAGGAGGCUUGCAUCAUCCCUUGUCCUUCAGACUGUAAACUCAGUGAAUGGUCCAACUGGUCACGCUGCAGCAAGUCCUGUGGGAGUGGAGUCAAAGUUCGCUCCAAAUGGCUUCGAGAGAAGCCGUACAACGGUGGCCGGCCUUGUCCCAAACUGGACCACAUCAACCAGGCCCAGGUGUACGAAGUGGUGCCGUGUCAGAGCGACUGUAACCAGUAUGUGUGGGUGGCCGAGCCGUGGAGCGUGUGGAAAGUCAGCAACGUGGAUCUGAAAGAGAACUGUGGCGAGGGUGUCCAGACCAGGAAAGUCAGGUGUAUGCUCAACACCAUAGAUGGCCCGUCGGAGUCUGUGGAGGACUACCUAUGUGAUCCAGAGGAGAUGCCCCUGGGGGCCCGGGAGAGCCGGCUGCCCUGCCCCGAGGACUGCGUCCUCAACGACUGGGGCACCUGGAGCCGCUGCAGCUUGCCGUGUACCAGAACCAACAAUCGAGUGCGGACGGCGUACACGCUACGUUCCCCGAGCGUGGGCAGAGAGUGUCCAGAGAUGACCGACAAAGAGGCCUGCAGCCUGAACCUCAACUGUUUCAACUACUUCUACAACAUCACAGACUGGAGUACCUGUCAGCUGAGUCCUAACGCCGUGUGCGGAAGCGGCAUCAAGACCCGGAUGCUCGACUGCGUUCGCAGCGACGGGAAAUCAGUCGACAUGAAAUUCUGUGAGGAGUUGGAUUUGGAGAAAAAGUGGCAGAUGAACAUCUCCUGUGUGGUCGAGUGUCCCGUCAACUGCCAGCUGUCGGAGUGGUCGUCCUGGUCAGAGUGCUCGCAGACCUGCGGACUGGAAGGUAAGAUGUGGCGCCAGCGGUCGGUGGUCCAGGCGUCUCAGGGCGACGGCCGGCCGUGCCCCCUGCAGAUGGAGCAGUGGAAGCCCUGUCCCGUCAGACCCUGCUACCGCUGGCAGUACAGCCCGUGGUCCGAGUGUCGGGUGGAGAACGUGGUCUGCGGACACGGCAUGCGCUACAGGAACCUGUCGUGCUUCGUGUCGGAUGGUUCCGGCGACGGCGAGGGCAGCCUGGUGGACGAGGAGCUGUGCAGCAGCCUGGAGCUGGCCGUGGACGGGGACAAGCAGAUCACGCUGAAGGAGGCCUGCAUCCUCCCGUGUCCAGGUGAAUGCUACCUGAUGGAGUGGUCGGACUGGAGCUCGUGUGUCAGCAUCUGCGUCAAGGGGGCCGGCGUCGACUUCGGCUCGGUCCAGGUCCGCUCACGAGCCGUGUUGGCCCAGGAACCUGAAAACCUGCAGCUGUGUCCGGACCAGGCGUGGGAGUCUCAGCCGUGCAGCGUGGGUGAAUGUUACGAGUACAAAUGGUUCAGCAGCAGUCCUUCAAACUCCAGCCGGCCUUUUAUCUGGUGUCAGCGCUCCGACGGACUCAAUGUGACGGGAGGUUGUCCUCCGAUGAACCCUCCGCUGGACAACAGCUCCUGUGACCCUCCCUGCCUCAUGCCAAAGUCCUUCUGCAGCGAGGCCGGCGUGUGCAUGUGCGAAGAAGGCUUCACAGAAGUGCUGUCAUCCACUGGGCAGCUGGACCAGUGCGCCCCCAUCCCCAUCCUGGAGAUCCCCACAGCCGGGGACAAGAAGGGGGACGUGAAGACCAGCCGUGCCAUUAACCCCACGAUGCCCAGCACCAUCCAGCCAGGACGCACGGGCCGGACCUGGUACCUGCAGCCCUACGGACCAGAUGGGAAGCUGAAGAUGUGGGUGUAUGGUGUAGCAGCCGGAGCCUUUGUGCUCCUCAUAUUCAUAGUGUCUAUGAUAUACCUAGCUUGGCCCACCAGGUUGCUGCUGAGGCAGCCCUUGAAGUCCAUUCCAGGGCCUCUGCAGUGGGUCUCCUCUCUCAUGGACACACUCCAACACAUUGGACUGCAGUUGGUGACG